AUGGCGGAUCAUUGCGAUAGUGGGGGAAGAGGUUGCGCUGCCGGCUCGCGCGGAAAGUCUGAAAAAGUCGCACACAACUGCACGAAAGGACGUCGCGGACGAGAGCACGGCAUGUACAUUCUGCUCUAUUUCGCCGCGGUGCUGGCGGUGCUCAUCAUAGCGGUGCUACUGCCGGUGGUAUCGGGUGUGUUGUCCUACCGCGUCCGUCGACCUGCAACUGCAGAUGACCGGUCGCGGAACCGCGAGGGGGACUCGAGAGCAGUGGAUGUAGCGCUCAACGCUACGACGGGGCGCGAUGCGGCGGCCUGCAACAGGGAUGGACUGCAGAGGCGUGUGCUCGGCCGCUACAGCGAUGACCCAUCGGUUUUCGACUAUGACGUGGAUGAGCUUAUCGCAGAGGAGUUGGCGCAGGAACGGCGCGACGAGGAACUGCUGCGGCUCGCAGAGCAGGCUGGGAACGACCAAGGCAAGCUAGUGUAA